AUGUUUAUUGUGGGCCUUACUGGAGGUAUCGCUACUGGAAAAAGCACUGUUCUCCAAAUAUUUCGUGAAAAUGGUGUAGCUGUAAUAGACGCUGAUGAAGUUGCCAGGAGAGUUUUAGAGCCGGGAACCAAGGGUUGGGAGGAACUGAAGAAAUGCUUUGGGACUGAGGUAUUGCUGCCAGAUGGAAGAGUGAAUAGAUUAAAAUUAGGAGAAUUAAUCUUUGAUGAUAAGGAAAAACGUCGUCAACUUAAUGCCAUAACCCACCCGAAAAUACAGAUCGCAAUGCUGAAAAUGGCAUUCCGAUAUUUUUUUUCUGGCCACUCAUAUGUUGUAAUGGAGGUGCCAUUGCUGUUUGAAACUGGAAAAAUGUUAAAUUUCAUGCAUAAAAUAAUCACUGUCGUUUGUGAGGACCACCAACAGUUGGAAAGACUCUGCAAAAGAAGCGAUAUCUCAGAAAAAGUUGCUUUGAAGAGGAUAAAAACUCAAAUGCCAUUGGAAAAGAAAGUUGCUAAUUCACAUUUCGUGAUAGACAACUCCGGUGACAAAGAUAGCACGUUCAGACAAACAGAGAGUAUCAUACGAGUACUAAGACGUUCAAAAUUUACAUGGUAA